GGUCCCUAUAAAUAUUAUUAUCUGUGGUCACUAUGAUGGAUGACAUGUCAUUCAUUCAUGUCGUGAAAUUUUUAAUGCAAAAUAUUUGUAAUAAUUUUGCACUGGCUGACUGUUUUUGUUAAAUAUGUCCAAAUAAGUAUAUUAAUGUAGGCUAACUUUGUUUACACAGUUUUACCCACCAUUUAUUGUUAUUUCAAUAUCAUAACUGUUACUGUUUAAUCGGAGUUAUGGAUCUUGAAGACAAUGCAAUGGGUUUAACCCAUGAACAAACGGACAAAAUACUACAGUUUCAAGAUUUAACGGGUAUAGAAGACAUGUCCAUAUGUAGGGACGUAUUACAGAGACACCAAUGGGAUUUAGAGGUUGCAAUACAGGAACAGCUAAAUAUUAGGGAAGGCCGACCAUCUGUUUUCGCGACAGAGGCACGGGCGCCUCCAGUGGUACAUGAUCACAUAGCACAGCAAGUUUUCACUGAUGAUGCACCUGAAGGCCCUGGGGGCGUGCGAGGAUUGUUUCGAUAUGUUGUCAAUUUAGUGGUGUCCAUGUGCUACAAUACUAUAACAUCUGUUUUAAAUUUGCUGUUGAGUUUUGUACGUAAUGAUGACAGAAGAUUGGUGACGGAUCCCUUAGGUGACGUGAUGGGUUUCAUCAACAGCUACACAGCACGUUAUAACCCUCACCCCGUGUUCUAUCAGGGCACAUAUGCUCAAGCACUCAAUGAUGCCAAAAAUGAGCUGCGAUUCCUCAUUGUGUAUUUACACUCGGAUGCAGCACAAGAAACACAAAACUUCUGCAGGUCCACACUUGCCGACCCAGAAGUAAUACAGUACAUAAACACACAUGCCCUCUUCUGGGGGUGUUCAAUAGACAAUGCAGAAGGUUGGAGAGUGGCGCAGUCAGUGGGGGGGCGACGGUACCCCCUGCUGUGUGUGGUAUGUGUUAGAGAUCACCGUAUGACUGUGGUGGCUCGCAGUGAAGGACCUUGCUCGGCAGUCCAAUUGCUACAAAGGCUGCGACGUGUGGUGUCUGAUAAUGAAGCCCAUUUGUCUGCAGCAAGGGCUGCAAGAGUGGAACGUGAAGUGACUGCUCGCCUUCGAGCCGCUCAAGAUGAAGCGUAUGCGGAGUCACUAGCCGCCGACCAGGAGAAAGAAAGGCGACGCGCAGCCGACCGCGCCGCACGGGAAGAAAGGGAGAAUGAGGAUUUGAGGCGGCGGCAGCAGCAGGAGAGGCAGAAACAAGAGCUGGUGGAGGCUCGCGCGGCGAUGGCGGUGCGGCUGCCGCCGGAGCCGGCGCCGGGCCGCGGCACCGUGGCGCUGCUCAUCCGGCUGCCGGGCGGCGAGCGCCUCACCAGGCGGUUCACUCUGUGUCACACCACACAGGAUUUAUAUGACUUCGUGUUCAGCCACCCACAAUCUCCGGAAGAGUUCGAGAUCACCACCAACUUCCCGAAGCGCGUGUUAACCCGCGGCCCCUACAAUCUGAGCGAGGUGGGACUCAAAGACCGCGAUGUACUGUUUGUCAACGAUGUUAAUGCAUAGAACUGUCUUUACACAUUAGUAAGGUGUAUGAUACGAGUGUCAAUAGGGUGACUAAGCAAAUAUUUGAUUCUGUUCCGUUUCGAUUCGUUUCUGUCGUUAAAUUAAGUCGUUUAUGAACUGAUUGUUUUAUUUCUUGAAUAAUAUAAUUCUUCUCUUAAUAAAUCUUUUACAGUUUCUGUAAAUACAUAAAGUCACGCCUUUUUCCUGGUAGGGACUAGAUUUUCCGUUUGUCACGAUCCUUGUAUACUUCUUUCGCUCCACCCACAUUCAUCAUUCACAGUUUUUGUCUGCAUUAAUAUAUACUUCUCUAUACCUUACGGCGCACACAGAGCCAUUAGUCUCGAAAAGACUAAAGCAAGUUUCGUCUUCUUGUUCUUCACAAUUUGUUUCAAAUCACAUUUGUCUUCUUCUCUAUGUUUAUUUGGCAAAGGCCAAUAAAGAUAAGAAAAUUUAAGAGAAAAUAUUUAAAAAAAAGGCUCUACUUAUCUCCGAUAUUUUAACGGGUUCAUUCAGUGGAAACCAGAAUGCUACAUAAAAUAAAAUUACAAUUUUAUUAUUGUUGUUCACGUUUUUUGCUUUAAUACUGCAUUUAUUUUUAUCCCUAAACAGGCAUUCCACUUAAUCAUGUUUAUAAACGACUUAAUUUAUCUUUAUUUGACCCGGCACCAAUGUUUGAAUCAGAGUAGAAUAAAAAAAAUCUUAGUCUAAAAAUAUCAUGUGUAUAUAAUUCAUAGAAAACAAAAAGUAAUUAGCUAAUAAAUGAACAUUUUAUUUACUUUGUGAUGAUAAAUUAAAAAGUAUUAAAUGUUCACAAAAUUAGUUAAGUUUUAGAUUAAAAGAGUGGUGUUAAAGUGUCCCUUAUUUUCCAGUCAAUAUUAUGGAAUUCUUUGGAUUUUCAGCUUUUGUUAUGCUAAUGUGGCUAGAUCGAAGAUUAUAUUCAGUAUGAACGUAAGAAAUUAUUUAAAUUUUCUUAAUUUUUAUCACUGCCUUCGAGUCAUAAUAACUUUUGACUAUUAUAAUAAAUUUGAAUAUUUGCUAAGGAUUCCUAGAGUAAAACUAGUACCAAUGUUCGGAAAGUUGUAAUAUAAAAUAACAACAACUACUUACGUCAAACAUCUAUUUGUGUAUGAGAAUAAUAGUUCUAGAGGGUAUAGAGGGUAAAUUUACGUAACUUUACAUAUUUUUUUUUAUUCUACGACUUUUUUUUUACUAAGAAGUAACUUAUAUUUACAAAUUUAAAUGAAUCACCUAAUUCAAUUUGUAGGUAUAUAUCUAAACAGUCAUAACGAUUUGUCUUAAACAUUGAAUGGUAUGUUGGAUAAUUUAGUGUUUUAAACAUUAUAAAAAUAACUUGAAGUCUUGUGGUUAGGAAGCUCUUAGCUACAGGGUGGACUUUUGUACUUAAAUGUAAUCCCACAGUAGAAAAUAUAUAAAUUUUUCUAAGAUUUUUUUAAACGUAGAAAAAUGGUAAAUGCAGUUCAGUUAUUCUGAGAAAAAGUUUACUUGUACUUUAUCUCAUACUUUGGUUGAAGAGAAGAAAUCCCGAUUGAGGUAAGACCGCCAUUGAUCAUAUUCUUUUAAAUCCAAUGACUGCUUUCAAUUUGUUUUACUUUUCUUUUUUAUGUGCAAUAAAGAGUUAACAAACAAACAAACUUAAUGUGUCUCGCGGGACUAAAAGCAUAAUUAUUAUCAUAGUGUUGAAUUUGUUAACCACUUUAUAAAUCACAUUCAUGUCUUAUCAAUAAGAUGGACAAUGCAUUGACUACCCCCAUCUCUAAACAAAUAUUCACAUAUUUCAGAAAACAUGCAUGUUGUAAAUUUUUCUUGUAUAGAUAUGUGUAUGUAAUUAUGCAUUAUCAAUCUUCGCUGAUCUAAAUGGUAUGUGUAAACUCAAUGUACAUUAUGAACUUUGUAUAUAAGUGAUGCUAAUAUUUGUGGAAGGCUGGUCCGGUUUUCUUUAUUAGUUUGUUUACUUUGAGGACGAUUUUUGUUUUAACAUUAUAAAUGUAUAAUAUAGUUCACUGAAUGAUUUUGUCUUCACUAUAAAUUAGCAUUUGUUUAGUUAUUCGUAAACCACACUCAAAUUAUAAGUUAUCUUUCGGAAAGGAUAUAGUAUAGGUAUUAGAAAUUUAUUUAAUUAUAGGUAUGAUAUUAUUUGGGCGCAAAAGACAAAAUUCUAUGCUUUCCUUAAAAAUAUGUAAGUUGUGAUCCAUAUUUUGUAAGCUAGCGAUACAAGUUUAUUGUUUUUGUUUAUGCCGCUUUAGAUGCAGAUGCUUUUAUAAUAACGUAAGAUUAGUUAUUACAGAUUUUUUGCAUUUUAAAUUUGUUUUUGCUUGAAUGGGUUAAAGUUUUUUUGCCGUGGUUGUUUGAUAUAGAUACCUAUUUAAGAGUAUCAAGCGUUAUGUAUUGAAUAAAAUACCAUGUAUUGAUUUACUGUGUAUUUUGUUGGCAUAUCCCAAAUUGUACGUCAAUAUUGAAAGAAAUCACAUUUGAACGCGUGUAAGAUUAAUGUUUUAUGGAGGUAACUUUGAAAAUACUGUACGGAUAUGUGUCGGGUUAUUUGUACGACGAGCAAUUACUUCACAGACAAAAUGAACAUUAUACAUAUUAUGUUUUGUUGUAAAAUAAUAAUGUUCCUUUCUAAGUGUUGUUUUUUAUUUCUAUCAAAAUAUGCUAAGUGAAUAAAUGAAAAAUGUUAAAAUUUUAUCUAUUUAUUUAAAAACCACAAAUUAACAAAACACUAAAAAGCUAUAACAAAAACAUUUCACCUGGAAUGUAGGCACUUCUUAUUAAAUAUUUUCAUUUAAUUAUGGUAACAUAAGUCUACAAUAUUAUUUAUAAAUCGAAAAUACAAUUAAGUAACUAAAUAAAUUUUUCUUAUAUAGUACAUAGGUAAGGUAGGUUACAAUGUAAGUACAUAGGUGUUUUAUUUACUUUGCCUAAUGGAAUUAGAAAAGUAAACAUUUUUUUUAUGAAAGAAUACCUACUGAUAUGUCGCAAUUACCGUGUAUGUCGGAAAUGAAAAUCGUCCCAUUUUUUUUAAUUCUUUCGGAAUAAACUACAUCAAAAUCCAAGACAGGGGAGAGUGUGGGGUCCGGUAUAGAAUUAAUGAGGUCAUUAUUGUACAAUUACUAUUUACAAAUAAACAUUAUACCAAAAA